UGUUUUUCUGCUGUAUGUGUUGAGGCGUUCGAAGAAGAUCUCUGCGUUGAACAUAAUAGACUGGAAACACAUUUUUGGAUCUUAUUAAGGUCAAGGACUUGUCAACAGGAUGGCAAGUGACUCCCCUCGCAGACCAAGCCGCUGUGCUGGAGGGGUUGUGGUUCGUGCCCAGGCUGCCACUGAGCAGUCAUACAUGGAGAGUGUUGUUACAUUCCUGCAAGAUGUUGUCCCUCAGGCAUAUACUGGUAAUCCACCAACUGAUGAGAAGGAGAAGAUUGUUUGGGUGCGGUUUGAAAAGGCUGAUAUCAAUGAUGUGGCUCGUUCGCCAGAGUUCCUGGAGAUGCACGGCAGUGGCAACGAGCCUCCCCUCUGUCUCAUGAUCGGCUACUCUGAUGGCAUGCAGAUGUGGAGCAUAUCGCUGAGUGGAGAGGCACAGGAGCUGUUCUCAGUGCGUCACGGUCCAGUGCGGACGGCCCGGCUCUUGCCUGCUCCCCAUAUCAGUCCCUUGAAGACGGACAACUUUGCUGAGAAGAGGCCGCUGCUGGGCGUGUGCAAGAGUGCAGGGUCGUCGGGGACAAGCCCUGCAUACUGUUGUGUGGACCUCUACUCCCUAAGGACGGGCGAGAUGGUGAAAUCCAUCCAGUUCAAAACCCCCAUUUACGACCUACACUGCAACAAAAGGAUCCUUGUGGUCAGUUUGCAAGAGAAGAUUGCAGCUUUUGACAGCUGCACAUUCACGAAAAAGUUCUUUGUCACAAGCUGCUACCCCUGUCCUGGACCUAAUCUGAACCCUAUUGCGUUGGGGGAGAGAUGGCUGGCCUAUGCGGAGAACAAGUUGAUCCGGUGUCACCAGUCGCGUGGUGGAGCCUGUGGGGACAAUGCCCAGUCCUACACCGCUACUGUCAUCAGCGCUGCCAAAACUCUAAAGACGGGUCUGACGAUGGUGGGUAAGGUGGUGACCCAGCUCGCGGGUACGUUGCCCGCGGUUACAGCGGACGAGGAGGGAUCCCCCCACAGUGCCGUCCGCCGCAGCCCCCACGUACCCGGAGUCAUCACCAUCAUCGACCUGCAGACAGUUGGAGAGGGACAGGUCUUGGUGAGUGACGACUCGGACGGCGAGGGGGUGGUGGCCCACUUCCCGGCGCAUGAUAAACCCAUAUCCUGCAUGGCGUUCAACCCCAGCGGUAUGCUUCUGGUGACCACAGAUUCGCUGGGCCAUGACUUCCACGUCUUCCAGGUUCUGACGCACCCCUGGGCCUCCUCCCAGAGUGCCGUGCACCACCUCUACACUCUCCAUCGGGGCGAAACUGAAGCAAAGGUGCAGGACAUCUGCUUCAGCCACGACAGCCGCUGGGUGGUGAUCAGCACGCUGCGCGGCACCUCACACGUCUUCCCCAUCAACCCAUACGGCGGCGCGCCCUGCGCCCGCACCCACAUGUCCCCGCGCGUGGUCAACCGCAUGAGCCGCUUCCAGAAGAGCGCCGGCCUGGAGGAGAUCGAGCAGGAGCUGAGCAGCAAGCAGGCGGGCGGACGCUGCAGCCCCAUCCCCGGCCUGUCCAGCAGCCCGUCUGGCUCACCGCUGCAUGCUAAACUCAACAGUCAGGAGGCGUACAACAACUUUGCCAACAACAACAUGGGCAACCCGCGGCUGUCCCCGCUGCCCAGCCUGACCACCGUGCUGCCCCUGGCCCAGAUCAAACAGCCCAUGACCCUGGGCACCAUCACCAAACGCACCGGCAAAGCCAAGCCCCCGCCUCAGAUCUCCCCCAGCAAGUCCAGCGGAGGAGAGUUCUGUGUGGCCGCCGUCUUCGCCCCCUCCCGCUCCUGGUUCAUCACCAACCCCAACAUGAAGAGGGAGAAAGAUCAGUCCCGCCAGUCGGUGGUGGAAUCCCUGUACAUCCUGAGUUGCUACGGCAACCUGGUGGAACACGUUCUGGAGCCUCGGCCAAUCAGCACGGCCCAGAAGAUCAGUGAUGACACACCUCUGGAGCUCAACACAUCCCCACGAGCCUGCUGGACCCUGGCCCGGACGCCACAGUGGAACGAGCUCCAACCACCUUUCAACAGCAACCACCCAUUGGUCCUGGCCUCAGACUUGGUGCAGUACUACCAGUACCUCCUGGCUGGCUUGGUUCCUCCUGGUAGUCCUGGUCCCAUCACGCGUCACGAGUCUUAUGACAGCCUGGCCUCCGACCACAGCGGCCCAGACGACGAGGAGUGGCUCUCACAGGUGGAGAUUGUGACCCACACGGGCCCCCACCGGCGCCUGUGGAUGGGCCCCCAGUUCCAGUUCAAGACCAUCCACCCGUCGGGCCAGACCACGGUCAUCUCCUCCAGCUCCUCUGUGCUGCAGUCACAGGGCCCCACCGACACACAGCAGCCGCUGCUGGACUUCGACACCGACGACCUGGACCUGCACAGCCUGAGGAUCCAGCCGGUGCGUUCAGAGCCAGUGAGCAUGCCGGGUUCUUCUCGUGUAAUGGGGGACAGGAGAGGCCAGUCCAUUGAUACCGGAUCAGGCACGUUUGACCGGAGCGUGACCCUGUUGGAGGUGUGCGGCAGCUGGCCAGAGAGCUUCGGCCUGCGUCACAUGACCUCGGCCGACACCACGGAGGAGGGCCUGAGGGAGCGGCUGGCCGAUGCCAUGUCCGAAUCACCCAGCAGGGACAUCACGGGGUCCGCCACAGACAAGAGAAGAUAUAGACAGGAUGUAAGUGGGAGAGAGAGAGAUGGGACGCAGAACAACGUGUUUGGCGCGAGCUCCGAUGUCCAUCAGCUCAUUCAGCUGCAGAGGGAGGGGAGCAUUGAGACUCUCAGCAACAGUUCUGGCUCCACCAGUGGCAGCAUCCCGCGGAACUUCGAGGGCUACCGCUCGCCGCUGCCCACCAACGAGAGCCAGCCGCUCAGCCUCUUCCCCACCGGCUUCCCCUGAGAUGCAUCCAACAGCCCCACCACCACCCCUUACACACACACACACACACACACACACACACACACACACACACACACACACACACACACACACACACACACACACACACACACACACACACACACACACACACUCCUUGUUGCACCUAUAGCAGCACACCCUGAGCUAAUACCAAAAUCCAUACACCCUCCCCUCCCUUCUCUUGUCUACCCCAUCCCUCCAUUGC